GAUUAACAAUGCCUUUCCUGUUCCAAAUUUCCAAUAUUUUUCUGCGACUUGUCAAUAAAUUAUUUUAUUUUCUUUGCGAGUUGAAGUCAAAAAAUGCGCAAUAUUACUUUUCGAUGAUUUUGUUUUUAUUAUUUCGUUGACCGUUUACUUCGAUCGACUUUAUUUAUUUAUAUUUUUUAGUACUGUUUUUGAUUUUGGGAUUUUAAGGUUUUAAUGGAGGAAUUGUGUCUUUGUUUACAUAUUCAAUAAGUGCAAUUCAGAAUUGAAGAUGAGCAUGGCCAUGGCGAUCCAAUGGUCUCCCCUUCCUUGCAGAACACACAACCGCCUCCAAAAUUCUUCUCUUCUAACCCCACCAAGUAUAUUAUUAUAAGAGAAACAAAAAAUAUAUAGUGUUGCAUGUUUCUGUUGACUCUUGAGGGAGAGAGAAACAGAAAAAAACAGGUUUCUUUUUUCUUUUCUUUUGGUUCAGACUUCAAAGUUUUCAUUCAAACAUGGCUUCAGGAUCUCUGUGUUCCACCGAGGCUCUGCUUCUGUUGUGAAGGAUCUUAAGUAUCAUGACUCUCAUGAGUGGAAUAACGUUGAGGGGAAUAUUGAUUCUGUUGGCAUAACCAACCAUGCUCAGGAUUAUUUCGGUGAUGUUGUCUGUUGAAUUACUAGAAAUGGGGGCUCCUGUAUCACAGGGCAGCAGCUUUGGUGUGGUUGAAAGUGAUAUUUAUUGUCCCAUUUUUUGGAAAGUGGUUGAAGUGAACUAAGAGCUUGAUGACUCCCUGGAUCUGGGUUUUAUUGGAGGAAUUGCGAUUGCCUUCAUUAGGAGUGGAUCUUAGCAAGCCUCUGUACGUUUGUGUGUCUGUGUACAAGGGCAUUUCCUCUUAUAUCAUCUAUUCCAUCAAGAUCAAAUUGAGUAAUGAUCUUAAGUACCUUGACUCUCAUGAGUGGGUGAAAGUUGAGGGGAAUUCUGCUACUGUUGGUAUAACCGACCAUGCUCAGGAUCAUUUAGGUGAUGUUGUCUACAUUGAAUUACCGGAAGUGGGAGCUCCAGUAUCACAGGGCGACAGCUUUGGUGUGGUUGAAAGUGUCAAGGCUACUAAUGAUAUUAAUUCUCCCAUUUCAGGGAAAGUGGUUGAAGUAAACGAAGAGCUCAAUGACUCCCCUGGUCUGAUUUAUAGGUAAUAAAGGCUUUACAUACAAAGUGGCACCAGGCCAAUUGUCAAGCUAACUUAUGACCCAGAUGUGACGCACGAAGGAAAGAUUCAGCCUAAAGUAAAGAUCCAGCCCAAGCGGGAAUUCAAGAGAAGACAAAAACAAAGAAAGAAAAAAAGAAAAAGAAAAAAAAGCCCAAGAUUCAAUCCAACGUGGAUGAAGUGUGCAAGGAAACAAAACUCAAAUCAAACAAUUCUUACACAGUUGACGUGGUGGGCUUUAGGGUCCAAAUCAGUAAUUGUAUUGUUGUUGUGGGCCUCUUGACUUGUUCACCAAAACAUCUACUUAGGGAGUACUUACUUUUGGGCCACGUUGGUUUUAAUAAUGAGCUUUUAGGUCUUAGUAUAAAUAGAGGGAAAUAAGAAAUAUUGGGGGCGGGUAGAGGAGAGCUGAAACGCAGGCUAGAAGAAAGCUGAAACAGAGGACGGAGAAGGCUGAAACGCAGGAGCCGCAUGUGGCUUUUUUCUUCACCCUUUCUCUAUGCUAGCACUGUAGCUUUUCUCUUUCAUUCUAGUUAGUAGUUUAAUUGUCUAGUUUAAUGUUCAAUAUUUAUUUUGUGUGUCUUAUUUCAGCUACCAUGAAUAGCUAAA